GCUUUUUUUUCUUUACUAUUCAGCACUAAAAUUUUGCUUUGCCGGUACAUCCCCCCAUAAACCGAUAACCGACCGUAAAGCGCAAAUUGAAUCGUAUAUCGCAUUUCAGGUUCCAUUUAGGUUUUUAAAACAGAGAAUCUUAUCCGAAACGUAACAUUGAAAAUAAUUAUGCUCCAACAAGAUAUCAACGAAGAUAUCAACGAAUUGUUGAGUCGUCUUGGAAACAGCCUAGACACUUUUUUUUUAGGACUUAACGGUGGUCCAUUAUGCCCCAGUAAAUGGUUUACCACCAAUGAAAAUUCAAAACCCAAAAUUGAGAUAACUCUUUGUAAAGAUAGCACUCUAGCUAGUUCACGCUCAUGGGUUUACGCUUUCAUUAGUGGAGCUACAAUUCCAUCAGCUGUCGUAGUCGACUACAUGUAUCAUGUUUUGGGUACAAUUAAAGAUGAAUUAAAAGAUCCUUGGAAGUCAUAUGGUAUUACAAUCCCUAUCGGGUUGAUAACCCCUUUAGACUUGCUGAAUGUAUCAAUAACUGAGAAUACAGGUGAUACGAUUGAGGUCGAUCGACCCAAGAUAUUUAACACUCAGAAAAACGAUAUUUACCUUCUCAUCAUGCUUGUGGGCUUAUACAAGUAUGCCGAGACCCAUGAGAAAGGCAAGCCUCACAUUUUAGAGCAGAUUAAAAGGUCAGCGUCCCCUUACUUGCCAUCUUUUGAUUGUAUACGGUCUCCAAAUACAAAUCAUGUUCACGAACUUUCAUAUAAUUUAAACUUUAAAAAACUUGCCGCUGCAUUGGACAUGUUCUUAGAAAAGUUCCCUGAAAAUGAAUUUGAAAAAGUCAGAAUUGUGACUAGCUUUUUUAAGUAUCAAGAAUGUGCAGCUAUUAAAGAUCUUAUCUACUUUGCUGAAAUUAUGGGAGUGGAAGGAAUAUUCAAUGCAAUCGAAUGGUUCUUUACUGCGACUAUUCAAAGAGAAGUUAAAGCAAUGGUAAUGACCGAACCUGCAGAAGAAAUCGAAAUAAAACAUUCAUAUUUCCCAUACAUGAUGGCUUUGGGGUUGUCAAGUCGUAGUCGCAGUCCCUAUUCUGCUUCUAGAAAUCCCGGUGUACAUUUGGUGGUCCAUAUUGUUGGAUCUUUGCUCAACAUUCCAAGGUCCAUAAAUGCAAUGAUGGUAAAUAUUGGUAAUAAUAUCAUCGUCGGGCAGCAUUCACUAAAUGCGGGUAUCAUUUUCUUGGCACAUAAAAAUCUCUUAAAGUUGGAUGAGAAAAAUAUGACUGGAGGAGGAUUGGAUGAGAUUAAAAAGUUAACACCAAAGCAGUGUAUCGAAGAAUUUAAAGGUAGAUCGUUCAAGUUUUCUCUUGCUGAAAAAAGAUAUUUUGAAAAUGCAAUUGCUACAAUUCCGGAACCAAGACCAAAUACGAUUGGAGCUUGGGUCAAAACAAACUUCCUUUCACAGUUAUCCUUCGAGGAAGCCUAAAACCAUUCCUAAUAUUCAUAUUUCAUUUUUUUACUGUUUGUAUUGUGUUUUUUUUUUUU